AUGCCUUCUAAGCGUAUCAUAACCAAGGCGGCCGAUCAGGACGUGAAAAGACGUAAGUCCCCUCGUUUGGAGUCCAGAUUCCAGCUUCAGUCCGUGGAAGUCAAGAUCGAAGAGGAGGUGCCAGUCAAAGAGGAAGAAGUCAUCAAGACGGAAACACGCGUGCAAACGGAGGCGAUAAAGACAGAGGACACCAAAGAGGUUGAGGUCAAAGAAGAGGAGACGUGUUCCGCUGAGGUAUCUCCUAUCAACGGGACGUGUUUCUCCACGGUCAAGGACUCUGAUCUCGCUGAAGGCCAACCGAAGAACUGGCAACACAUCUACAAUGAGAUUAUUGCCAUGAGGGCCAAGAUCGCCACGCCUGUGGACUCUAUGGGCUGUGAAAAAAUGCCCGAUACUCUUUCGCCAGCAUUACUGCAAAAUCGGCCUCAGCUCUACCGGUUUCAGCUCCUCAUUCUGCUUAUGCUUUCUUCCCAGACGAAGGACGAGAUCAACUACGAGGCGCUGCAGAACAUGAAAGCCCAUUUCAUUUCCAAAGGUUUUGAAAAUGGCGUUUGCAUCGAGGCUGUCCGCUCUUCCACUGAAUCUGAGCUCGAUGAGCUUAUCAAGCGUGUGGGCUUCCACCGCAGGAAGGCCAUGUACAUAAAGAAAGCCUGUGACCUACUUCACGAGAAGCACAAUGGCGAUAUUCCUAAAACAAUCGAGGAAGUCGUUGAGCUUCCUGGAGUGGGUCCCAAAAUGGGGCAUUUGCUUCUCCAGUUCGGCUGGGGCAUCAACAGUGGUAUUGGGGUGGAUGUGCAUAUCCACCGCUUAGCGCAGAAAUGGGGUUGGGUGCGAAAAACCGAUAAGCCUGAGGCCACUCGGUUGGAGCUCGAACUGUGGCUUCCACGCAGGCUUUGGGCACAGGUCAAUCCGUUAUUGGUGGGAUUCGGUCAAACCGUUUGCAACUCGCAGAUUUCGAAUUGUGACGUCUGUACGUUGUCGAAGGGCCUAUGUAGGGGUGUGAACAGGAAGCUCCUUAAGGGUCCUAUUAGCGAAGAAAGGCUAGCAAAACUCCGUCGCCAACGUGCGGAUUUGCUGCCGUUAGUGGAGAUUUAG